AGGGAACAAAACGAGAUUGAAUCGUGAGACGAGCAGCAAAAUUCCCCUUUUUCCUCCCGCCCUCCCCUCGUACGGGGACACUGCAACCUGCCUCCUCCUCUUCCUCCCCUUGUUUGUUCCAUGUUUUGAGCCAGCAACCCUCUGCAGCCCGAACCGGGUCCCCGCAUUCCAACUUCCCUGCUGUCAAGGGACAACGAGCGAUGCGCGCGGCACAUACCUGCACAGUACUCUCGCUGCAAUUUUCAAUUUUCCAUUGUUUUUACCCGCCCAUGCUACCCUUCUGGGACCGGCGCGUGCCAAGCGUGGCUUUGCAGGGCCUGGGCGACACCGCUCUGUUCUUGGCGCGACGGCCUCCCAUCACGACAGCAGAGCACCAGUCAAGCCCCGUCGCUAACGUCGCUAACGUCGCUUGCCCAUCAGGGAAGUCGGGCCCCAGAUUCCAUGCAUCCUUGAACUGGGCCACAUGUCUGCUCUCAUCUCUGCGCGUGCUAUUUAUUGCUUGCCUCGAUAGUCGGCCCACCGAGGAGAGGUACCGGUACCUACCAACUGAGACGGGCGCAUGUCGCAAAUCAGAGACCAUCAACUACCGAGCAACGCGGUCAUGAUAAUCGACUGUUGCCCCGGGCGGGAAAAGUGCCGCUUCAAAAAUGACUGAUCCCAACCCUCCCCUUUCCGGUCGAGCCAAUCCAUGACACGUGCUAUUUUUCCGGCAGGCGAGCAUGGAAGGUAGCAAUUGGGUUCUGAGUCUCUUUCUUUCUUUCCUCUUUCCAUGAUGCUUUUCCCCAGGGUGUCCCUUGAAUUCCCUCAACUUGGCGCCUCAACCGAAAUCCCCUCGGCUCCCUUUCCAUUCCCACACCGUAACUUUCUUCUCCCUUUUGCCCAUCAAAUAUCGGAACAGCUUCGCCCGUUCGUUGCUGGUAUUGGCAUUUGGCACACCGAUUCUCUCAUCCUCCCUCCAAGCCAUUGGAUGGAUCGGCCAUGUGGAUUUCCCACGCGCCAAGCGUGACGCCGGCCAAGAAAACCCACCCCGUUGCUGUCAUGACAGAUAUCCAUACGGCAGUUGGGGUACCACGAGAUCGGGGCAAACCUGGCGGCGAGCCUACUAAAAAAAAAAAAAAAAAAAAACACCUAAACCACCACCUCGAACCAUCAUGUCGCAAGAAACACCUAAACCACCACCUCGAACCAUCAUGUCGCAAGAAACACCUCGGGACCACCGUGCGCUGAUGGAGCAGGCCCUUGGACAGGCACGCCUGUCGCCGCCCAAGCCUUCCAACUACAGGGUCGGCGCGGUGCUGGUGGAAGCGUCAACGGGCAGCGUCCUGGCUACAGGCUUCUCGCUCGAGCUGCCCGGCAACACCCACGCCGAGCAGUGCUGCUUCGCCAAGCUGGCCCAGCAGCACGGCGUCGCCGAGGAGGGCCUGGCCGGCACCCUCCAGCAGCAACAGCCGCUGCCGCGCCUGGCGCUCUACACGACCAUGGAGCCCUGCUCGGAGCGCCUGAGCGGGAACCUGCCGUGCGUCCAGCGCAUCCUCCGCCUGCGCGGGCUCAUCGCCGAGAUCUACGUCGGCGUCGUUGAGCCCAAGAAAUUUGUGGCCAACAACACGGGCAGGCAGACGCUUGAGGGUGCGGGUAUCAGGGUCAUCCACGUCGGGGGGCUCGAGGAUGACAUAUUGAGCGUGGCCACGGCCGGGCAUGUUCCAGCGGAGACCCCGGCGACGACAAGCUCCAGGUAG